AUGUCCUUCCGAAACUACACUGCAGUGACUGAAUUCAUUCUCUUGGGACUCACAGAUGACCCGAUGUUGGAGAAGAUCCUAUUUGGGGUAUUUCUGGUGAUCUACCUCAUCACUCUGGUGGGGAAUCUGUGCAUGAUCUUGCUGAUCAGGACCAAUUCUCGUCUCCAAACUCCCAUGUAUUUCUUCCUCGGCCACCUCUCUUUUGUAGACCUUUGCUAUUCCUCCAACAUUACUCCCAAUAUGCUGUACAACUUUCUCUCUGACCAAAAGACCAUCUCCUAUGCUGGAUGUUUCACACAGUGUCUUCUCUUCAUUUCCCUGGUGAUAACUGAGUUUUACAUCCUUGCUUCCAUGGCAUUGGAUCGCUAUGUUGCCAUUUGCAGUCCUCUACAUUACACCACCAGGAUGUCCAAGAACAUUUGUGUCUCCCUUGUGACAGUCCCUUAUACCUAUGGCUUCCUUAAUGGACUCUCUCAAGCAGUUUUGACUUUUCAUUUAUCUUUCUGUGGCUCCCUUGAAAUCAAUCACUUUUAUUGUGCUGAUCCUCCUCUUAUAAUGUUGGCCUGCUCAGACACCUAUGUCAAAAAGAUGGCAAUGUUUACAGUUGCUGGCUUCACUCUCUCGAGCUCUCUCUUCAUCAUCCUCCUAUCCUACCUUUUCAUUUUUGUGGCCAUCUUGAGGAUGCGUUCUGCUGAAGGCAGGCACAAAGCCUUCUCCACUUGUGGUUCCCACCUGGCAACGGUCACCAUAUUUUAUGGAACUCUUUUCUGCAUGUACCAAAGGCCCCCGUCUGAGAAGUCUGUAGAGGAGUCCAAAAUAAUUGCAGUUUUUUAUACUUUUUUGAGCCCAAUGCUGAACCCAUUGAUCUACAGCUUGAGGAAUAAGGAUGUGAUUCAUGCCAUACAGCAGAUGAUCAGGGGAAAUCUCUUUCAUAAAAUUGCAGGUUAG